GCAUUGAGAGAUCAUACCAGUGUGAAGAAAAUUAUUACUCCGUAAACGUAGGCCCGAAAAUGGAAAUGCUACUGAUCACAUUUACCUGUCUAUCAGUUCUCAUUGUUUACCAAAUAAUAAAAAAAAUUAACAAUUAUUAUUCAUGGCGGGAGAAAAUAAAUCGAAUCCCUGGUCCAAGUGGACGUUUUCCAAUUAUCGGUUUAUCCUGGGAUAUUAUUAAAGUCAAACGAGAAGAUCGGUUGCGGUGGUUUCACUCGAUGGCAAAUCAAUACAAAAAUGGAAUUUACAGAACAUGGAUUGGAUUUGAUCCAACUAUUCACAUCAACACACCAGAGAAUGCUGAGAUUAUUUUUCGGAGUACAACAUUUAUCGAAAAAUCUGUCUUUUACGAUUCUAUGGUACCGUGGUUGGGUCAAGGAUUGGUAACGUCAUCAGGUGACAAAUGGUUUCGCGAUCGGAAAUUGAUAACACCGGCUUUUCAUUUCGGUAUUCUUGACGAUUUCGCGGAAGUAAUGGUGGAAAAAGUUGCAAUUCUAAACGAGCGAUUGAAGGAGCAAGUGGAAUUACAUGGAAAUAAAUCAUUCGACGUGUUUGACAUAAUUGGAAAAUGCUCAUUGGACAUCAUCUGCGAAACGGCAAUGGGGGUCAACGUCGACGCCCAGAGCAAGAAUGAAAAUGAAUACAGUCGGGCUGUGGAGGAGUUAUCAAUGCAAGCAGUGAAUCGCAUGGUGCGCCCCUGGCUAAAAUUCGACUGGAUUUACUAUCGCACCGAGAUGGGAAAAAAAUUCCGAGCAGCUAUAGAAAUCACACAGACGAGAUGCACUCAUGUGAUUGAGCAAAAGAAAAUCGAGAGGCAGCAAAAAGUCAAAACUGACUGUCAAGAUGUGGAUGAAGGAAUCGGAAAAGCAAAGAGACGGGCUUUCUUGGAUUUACUACUCGAGAGCAGUGCAAAUGCCGUUAAACCCUGGACAAUCGAAGAAAUACGAGAGCAGGUCGACACUUUUAUGUUUGCGGGCCAUGACACGACUGGUGCACUCAUAAGUUGGGCUUUAUUCUGCCUUGGGAAUGACGAGAAAGUGCAGAACAGUAUUCAUCAAGAGCUCCAUGAAGUUUUUGGCAACUCCAGUGAGCCAGUAACCACUAAACAAAUUCCUCAACUGAAGUAUCUCGAUAGAGUAAUAAAAGAAGUUCUCAGAAUGUUUCCGAGUGUCGCCGUAGUUAGUCGUCGUAUUUCAGAGGAUUUUCAAAUGGGUAGGCAUAUUAUUCCAUCUGGAUGUACCGUGAUGAUGCAAAUUUAUCAACUCCAUCGCGACCCUAGACACUGGCCAAAUCCCUCGCAUUUCGAUCCCGAUCGAUUUCUACCAGAAAAUUCCAAGGGUCGACAUCCCUUCAGUUAUGUGCCUUUCAGCGGGGGCAUACGCAAUUGCAUUGGCCAGAGAUUUGCCAUAAUGGAAAUAAAAAUUGUAUUGACUGAAAUCCUCCGAAAAUGGAGAGUCAAAAGCCGAGAUAAUCACGAGAAUAUUAAAAAAUACAAUGCCCUCAUACUCAGGCCGCAUGAGGGAAUUUUCCUGAACCUUUAUCCAAGGAUUUAGUUAACAAAUUAAAUAAAUAAUAAUUCCCCUUGAUUGCGAGUAGUUCUGCACUAUUGGAAAAUUGCAUUUGAAAUUUUAAUAGUUCAGAGGCAAAUGUUGGGGUAAAUGACAUUAUCCAUAACACUUGCUCGCACCUCUGUACUAUCAGUUCUAUUGUGGCAUGAUAUGUACUAGGUGAUCCGUGAAAUAACCAACGGUGAAUAUUAAAAGAAAACAACGGCCUCUCUAUCAGAAGCAUAACAUGGUUCAGGGAAUCUCAUUGAUAACUAUCGAUUCAUUCAAAUUUAUGGUAAUUCAUUGAAAAUUGUUGGCAUUAUAGGUGUCAUUUAUUUAACACCAAAAUAUUCGGUUAAUUCACCGCAUUAUCACGAGUGAUUGUGAAUGCCCGAUAAUUUCUUUAUGGGAUUAUGGAAAUAUAUUUGGUUGGACGUAUGCAA